UGGGUUUAGUCGUACGGUAUUCGAUGCAGUAUCGCACAAAUUCAUUACAAUGCGCUGCGAAAAGUCUAACGUUCCCGCGCGGGUUUGAACUGCAACAAAACAGUGUGAACAAAAGUUGGUAUAAAGAGAAAUUUGUGCAUUAUUGUUUUAUGUAACGAACGCCGUCUGUGUUGGAUUUUUAUAUUCAUCGCAUAUUAUCCUGCAUUUUGCAUCAUAUACAGGGCCACGAUAUCACUUCCCGCUUACUGAGAAAGUGGCAGCUGAUCUACGGGAUGUCGAACUUCCAACGAACACGCAGCAAAGUUUGGUGGGAGGACUCACAACCUAAUGUCGGCAAUAUUGGCAGUCCAGUUGCACAACCUGCAUGGAAACAAAACAAUAGAUUGGAGGAACAGGAGUGGGAACCGCAGCUACCUCACUGGAUAGCCAAUCAGCCCGAGCAACAAAGGAACAAUAGUACAGAUAACAUUGCGCAGCCAAACAAUGCACAGAUAAACCAAUGGCCUCUACGACAUGGAAGCCCCGGGAGCCAUAAAAGUCAAGAUUCCGGUUUCUCAGAUUCUGAUAGCUCUCCGCCGCCCUCGCAGUAUUAUCAAUCUUCUGAAAAGAAUGAUUCCAAAAAUAAGUCGUCCAGUAGUGCUGAUUCAAAUAACAAUCAAGAUGUUACGGUGAAACAAGUUAUUCCAAAUACGCCGCAGGGAAAUGAUGAAGUCGAUAAUGUUAAAGUGCCUAUACAUACUGUCACUCCCACGCCAAUGCCUCGCAAUAGAAGUAGCAGUGUCAUACAAACGCCAUACGACUUACAGAAAUAUUAUGAAAUUCACAGAGAUGAGGAACACAUGGAACUCUUGAAAGACAAAGACACCGAUACUUCUAAUACAACACAAAAAUCUCCCACAAUAAAUAAUACUAAGAUUGAAAAAUCUAAUACCGAUAAAAAUUCAAAGCCCCCAUUACCGAAAAGUGAAAAUAGUAAAGAAAAUACUAAAACAGUAAAUAAUGUAGAAAUAAUAGACACCUCACUCAACAAUAGAACUAAUAAAGAGAAUACUCCCAAUAAAAGUGCAAUACAUAAUGAUACCAAAGAUGUACCAGUUAAAAAUAUAAGUAUCAUAAGUCCAUCAAAAAAAUAUCCAGUUAAAUCGUUUGUAUCGAGCACUCAGAGUGACAGCACCAAAUUAAGUAAAGUAGCAAAAGUAAAAGACUUAGAAACUGGUAAGAAUAGAUUAGAUGAAAGCUUAGAGUAUAUAAAAUUAUCAGAUAAUAAUGAAAUAGCAGUUAAUAAUCAACCACGCGUACGAACACCUAUAUCUAAUGUUUCGUACGUUCCAACCGAAAGAAUAACUAAUGCUAGAGAUUUUAAUAGAAGCAUAUCAAAUGAAUAUAAUAUUCCAAUCACUACUACGCCAAAAUUUCAAAGAAAUCGUUUGAAUAAAUCAUUAAACUUUGAAGCACAGAGGCUAGAUCAACAGAUACUAGAUAUACAAGAUGGUUAUCACUCAUUAGGAUACAUUGACGAAGAUGAACCCUGCGCAGAAGAAAGUCAAUAUAAACUUAAUGAAAUCCACAAACCAACAAAAGCUAUACUGGGCAAAAAUAUUAUGGAUAGUUUAAAUUUAAAGCCCACUAAAAAAGCAGGUCCAAAAGCAAAACAACGCAUGGGAACAAAGGCAGAUAAAGGCAAAGAUCUAUUCAGGAAAUUACCUAUUUUAGGAAAGAAAGAGAAACCAACUGUUGUUGAAAAAAAAGCAGGUGGAAUUUUAGAUGGAAGUCGAGUACCUUCUCUGGGUUUACCAAGAUCUUAUGAGCAAAACUCUUGGGUCGUGGUGGGAUAUCCCGAAAAGGAAAUGUUGAUACCUCAUUACAAUGAAAGACUUGAGACUACAGACAGCGAUAAUGAAGUAAGAGGUAAAGAUAUUUGUCAAGAUGACAUCAAUACAUUUAAAAAUAGAAGAGUGACACCACCACCGCAGUUCCAAGACAAACAAAAAACUCCAUAUGAAACUAACUCCAAAAAUGACAAAGACUUAACACAUGAUUCUAAAAGAGAAAAGUUAAAAGAAGAUGAUCUAAAUUUCGACGAUGUUCAAUUAAAUUUAGCAUGUACAUCUACACCAAAAAUGUUAGCUCCCCACGAGUUUUUACAUGGCCUAACUCCAAAGAGCAUUAAGAAAAAUACUCCCAGGAUAAAUUUAUUUGGGGACAAUAAGAGCGGAUUGGUAUUAAAUAAUCAGAACGAGAUAUUGUAUAGGGAAAUGAGCAUAGAUCAAACAACACUAGAAAGACUCUGCGACAGAAAACCUGAACCAGUUCAGUAUUGGCUUUGUGAUCUAGUGGGAGCGUGUGAAAAUGAGUGCAUGACAACACUCCAAAGUAAACCUUUAGGUGCCGAAAUGAAGGCCAUGGUAUCUGCUAGCUCCGCCACCAUUACUGGCAAUAUCAAGAAAGUACAAACCCAUGGGCAAAUAAUUGUACAUCAGUACAGUGACGUCAUCAGGCAAAUAGAAUCUAAUAAUACGAGUGAAGAGCAAAUCUGUCUACUGGUGGCCAAUGUCAAUGAAUUUGUAUUGGCACACAGUAUCACCUUAAAUACGAAACCCCCGGGAGAGACACCGGAGCGAUGGGACAAAAUAAAGAAGUCUUUAGAACUGUAUCUCAGGAAGUUAAUAGACAUAGGAGAAGAUGUUAAGUUAGAACUGAAUGAGAGUAAUCCUGAAUGGAAUUUGGUACAGAAGCAUUUGGACACAUUGAUUGGAAUAUUUAUGGAGACGGCUAAGGCUGUUUUGGUUCAGCAGAUGAAGACUUUAGUAUCCAUAAUCGAGGAGCCACCGUCGGACAUGAUCCUCAAGAGCACGCUGACCUCUAUAGGACACUUGGCGAUGCUAAGUGACAAUACUGAGAGUUCACUCCACGAGAGAUGUGCUAAAAUUAUGAAGAACAUAACGGAGCUGCCGUUUGUAGAUUGCGCGGUGCCUAGAGCUCUGCUCACUGCAAUUAUUGAGAGCAACAAGAGUUCUAUAAAAGCGUUAUCAUUGAGGGCACUAGCUACUGUGUGCAUUACUGCUGAUGCUGUCAAGCAGUUUGAAGAGGGCGGCGGCAUAGAAAUUCUAUCAGAUAUCCUGUCGGAUAGAUCGAAUCCAGAGCCGCAAAUGCGCGAGGCGAUCACGGUACUCACACAAAUCACAGCGCCGUGGCUUAGAGGCCAUUACGAUCUCACACAGCUCCACAUUUACUUGGACACUAUAGUCAGCAAUAUUACUGGUAUUCUGACCCGUACUGAAUGCUGCCAGCUACUUCUCCUCUGCACAGCCUGUCUCGUGAAUUUGGUGCGAGAGUUAGAGCUCGAGAAGAGAGAAGAUGACAAUGUAAACAAAUCUGACAUAGUGGAAGUCUUGACCAAACAUCGUACUGUGGAACGAGUAUUGGAUGCUGUGAAGCGACGAGGACCGAAUAUCUCAGUAUUUUUACAGGAGCAAACGGCUUCGUUUGUGGCAUCUCUGUCUCGCAUCCCACGCUGUCUGCUAUCGCUGUCGCAGCUGGCGGCAGCGGCAGCGCUGGUGCGUUUCGCUAGGUGCCCACCAACCGCCGCACAUCCGCCACGACUUGCCGAGCUGCGUGCACAAGCAAGACUGCACUGCCAUGCCGCCGAAGCCAUGGCUAGACUAUCGGUGGUACCAGAAGUGGCCCAACAAAUAGUCCAGCUAGAGGGCGUUCCGCAUCUUACCCGGCUGGUUAGGAUGCAGCGAACACGCCCCGGUCACCACGACGUCAACCCCGACCAGAUCCUGAUACAUUGUCUCAAGGCGCUCAGAACUAUCCACAAGUACUACCCUGAAGCCUUCGAAGGCUACCAGAAAGAUGUAGACGAGAUGGUUCGACCACACCUAAUGGAAUCCCUCAUGUUAUUUUCAGCUAAGCAAGAGAGCUACGUUUAAAAUAUAUUUCUGAUAAUUUUUAGGAAUAUUCAAAAAUACCAAAUAAUUUCGAAUAUUUGACUAAUUCGAAUGACAUUUAUAUUUAUUUCGCAUAUUAUGCAAAAAGUAAUAAAAUUAUUGAAAAGUGAGUAUUAUAUAAAGACUGGACAAGAUACGAAUUUACGUAUGUAUUAAAAAAAUUGACGUAGACUAUAUUAUCAUGAAUUAAAUUAUGUUAAUAAAAUUAGAAUAUACUCUCUAUAUGUAAAUUUAUAUAAAAAUUUGAUAUACAAUUAUACUGUACUCUGAUUGCCACUGUUUAAGAGUGCUCACAUUGAAGUCUGCUAAUAUCCAACGAUAUGUCCAUAUAUAAUAUAUAUACAAUAAUAUGUUAGAAUAACUAUUUAAAAUGCGCUUUUACAGCAAACUGAAACAAUAAUAUCUUACUAACGGAUUGUAAUGGUAAAAAGGAUAGUAAUUCUAAAAGCUACGUAACAAAUAUAAAUUAAGUUUCUGUUGGAAAUCGAAUCAUCUACACUCACAUGUGCCAUAUCAAUUUUAGGACGCUGGAAGCGCACUUUUUAAAUAAAAUAUUCAAAACUAUUACAAAUUGUUUUUUUUAAUGGACAGACUUCGAUAAGACCAUUAUUAAAAAUGAACCAUAUUCUGUAAUUAUUAAUUUAUACAUAACUACUAUUUGCUAUGUAAAUAACUUAUGUGCAUAGCGUUUUUAAUAUUUAUUAUGUUUUAUCUAGAAUUAUUGAAUUUGACAUUGUAUAGAAGCGGCCAUACUUUGACUAGUCUUCAAAUUACUUUACUAUGGCGACGACUAUUCUAUUAUUUAGGUACCUAUAAUAUGCUAGUAUGACUGUAAAUAUAUAAUUAGAAUGUCUACUAGUAUAUGUAAUUUAAUUUCACCAUUCGACACAGGGUUGAACGCGAUAGAAACCAAUUUAUUGAUAUUGAUGAUAUUAAUGAAAAAUUAAAGAUAUAAUUUUAUUCAUUACUAGUAGUAUACUUAUACUACUAUUAAUGAAUAAAAUUAUAUCUUUUUAUUUUAUAAUUCUAUAAUUAUAUCUGAAUCUACACUUGUAGAUUCAUUAACAUCCAUUGCCAGUUGAGAAAAUUAAUAUUAUGACAUAAAAUAUAACGAAAAACUAUUAAUAUUACUACGUAAUUCUUUAGUUAGUUGUCAAUUAUUUUAUCUCUCUGCAUAUCAAAAAUAGUAAUUUACAUUCAAAUGUAAAUUCGCCAUUUUAUUCUCUCUUAGUUUAUAAAUGUUAUGCUUAAAUAUAAUCAUUCUCAUAUUUUAAAUAUAUGUUUCUAAGAAUAUAUAUAUUUAACUGGACUACAAAUUAGUCUGAAUACAUUUAGAAUUACUUUCGUAUUAAGAUUAAUCUGUAAAAUAUAUACUCAUCUACUUAUUGCUUAUUUAGGGUGUAUUAUCAUUACCACCUUCCCUAGUUGUAAGUAAUUCCUUGUAUAAAUAUUUUAGUUAUGAACAUUCUAUACUUUUAUAAACAUUGUAAAGAAAUUAUAAUAAAGGCGGUCAGUCGCUUUAU